AUGGUCGACGAUCUCAGUCCCACAUCUGUCGGAGUCAGCGUGGACAGCACAACCACAAUGACUGCAAGCUGGGAAUCGCCCUCAAACGCUGUUGUUACCGGCUACGAGGUGACCGUCACACCUGGUGACAUCAAUCAGAUCCCUGUAGGGAACGUCACAAGGACCACGCCCAUCACAGGCCUGACGCCAGGGAGACAGUACUAUGUGUCUGUGAAGACAAAGAUCACCUACCUGCAGGGACGAGAUGAGGAGACAACCGCUCGUUUUGCGCAACCCAAAGUAACAACACCUGAUACCGUGGAUGAGCUCGGCGACAAGACCAACCUCACAGCCCCGAACAUCAUCAUAGACUUCCUGAAGGCUGACGGUGAUGUCCAGUACUACCGGGUCCAACUACAGGGGAUAACUGAUGUGAACUAUCUGCAGACAACGUUCGUAACUCCACCUGCGACAAAUAAGACUUUCAAUGGAGUUGUGCCUAACUUCCAGUACAAUUUGACGAUAACAACACACAGUAAUCAACAACAGAGUACUCCUUACGCUCGGACUAUUCGAGUUAGGGCUUCACAGGCCGGCACUGUGAAUUAUUUCAAAACAUUGGCGCUUACAUCACGCAGUGUAUCAGUGUCUUGGAAGCGGCCAGUGAAGACGAAUGGAGACCUCUUCGAAUACCGCCUGGAGGUGUCAAACAGAACCUGUAAACAGCUGAUUGUUUUCAACUGUACGGAAUGCAAAAGAAAUACUUCGAUGGAGGCGAGUGGAAACUGUGGACACACAACCGUCGUCCAUCUAUCUGAAUCUGACAUCAACGAUUCCACGCAUGUAGUGAAUUACACGAUCACUGGACUCCUUCCAGACACUACGUACGUUGUUAAGGUAGCAGCUUAUAACAAGGAUGGAAGAGGGAUAGAAAGUAGUCUAUCGGAAACAACCGAUGAAGAAGCUGCCAGUGAACCUACUGCCUUUACAGCGAACAACAAAACCUCCGACACCAUAACGUUAACAUGGGCACCGCCUGAACCAAGACCUGGACGUACUCACUACAACAUCAGAGUCUACGAGAAGAUUGAAAACACACCCGACUAUAACUAUAUUGAUACCAAAAAUAUAACCGGUUAUCGCCAUAACAUGUAUUCCGUGAACAAUUUAUCAAGUGCCUGGGAAUACAAGUUCUUCAUUCAGGCCUUCACACUAAAAGGGGGAUCUGGAAACGUCUCAUCUGAUGUGGUGAUGACUGAAGAGUCGAUUUCAUCGUUCGAUCAGACGAUCCUCUCAGUUCGCCCAGGGGGCGGGUCAGUGGGAACAAACGUCAUUCCACUUGAAAUAUGUGCUGAAUGUCUGCACAACGCCGUGAAUGGCAAUAUAGUCAAGUCUGGGCUACUUGUGUGUAAAGUUGGAGACUGCCAAAUACGAAACAAGAUACACGACGCCCGUGGUGAUUCUUAUGAUCGAUUACCCAACUGGCACAGUGCAAGAGGAAGUGGUUUCACGUCUUUGUAUCGUGCAACUGCUGAUGACUGGAUGAGCGGCAAGGAACGUGACGACAUAGUCCUAUAUACAGUUGGAGGUGAAACGUGUGAAAUUGCGGACCAGACAAGAUUUUGCAAUGGACCCUUACUUACUGAAAACUCAUACAGUGCUUGUGCCAACUCAUAUGACGUUGGAGCUGUCGUUGGUGGUGUCGUUGGCGUGAUAGUGUUCGCAGUGAUAGUUUUUGUCGCCGUUGUUGUAUACGUGAAAGUAAAGAGAAAAUCCAGAUCAAAGAAGAAUCAAGAUAGCAUAAAUCUUGGGCCUACCCAAAAGUUCGAUGACACAUAUGAUGAGGUCGGUGACGGUCAGAGGAUGCAUGCCAUUACGGAGAGCAGCAGCAAUGAUGGUGGCUAUGUUAACCAGGCGUCUGGACUUUCACUUGACGGCUUUGACAGUACAUACGAACAGCUUGCCACGUAUCAGAAUGCUGAAAUUCAUGACUACGGACAAAUCAAUGUUAAAACCAGAAAUAAGGGUGCAAAAAACAAACGCUAAUUGACGUCUCACAUGUUUGGCAAGGAUACAGACUUCAUUAUCACAACUCAGUUGGAUACAAUAUAAUGCGCUUCGAAUUCCUUAAAGACUAAAAAAGGAUUUUCUGUAAAUUAAACCGACCGUCAGUAGACAUAACACACUUAACACUUCAUCCACAUUCCAUCUAGCUCAUUUGUCGAGCCCUUUCACAUUACUAGAGUUAAUGGGGAGCUCUUGUAGCCCACUAUGGCUUUACAUUAAGUGGGUUUU